AUGGCACAGGAGAAAACUGUUAGUCUCCAUCAUUGGAAGGUAGAAGGAAAGAUUAAAAAGUAUUCAGAAUUCCAGCCAUUAGACUUCAUCCCCAUACCCAUUCUCUAUCCGCAUCCCCAUCCCAAUCCUCUGUCAUCAUCACCAUCCCCAUCUACUGUCCUCAUCAUCAUCCCCAUCCACUAUCCGCAUCCCCAUCCCCAUCCUCUGUCAUCAUCACCAUCCCCAUCUACUGUCCUCAUCAUCAUCCCCAUCUACUGUCCGCAUCCCCAUCCCCAUCCUCUGUCAUCAUCACCAUCCCCAUCUACUGUCCUCAUCAUCAUCCCCAUCAACUGUCCGCAUCCCCAUCCCCAUCCUCUGUCAUCAUCACCAUCCCCAUCUACUGUCCUCAUCAUCAUCCCCAUCAACUGUCCGCAUCCCCAUCCCCAUCCUCUGUCAUCAUCACCAUCCCCAUCUACUGUCCUCAUCAUCAUCCCCAUCUACUGUCCUCAUCAUCAUCCCCAUCAACUGUCCGCAUCCCCAUCCCCAUCCUCAUCACCAUUCCCAUCCUCUGUCCUCAUCACCAUCCCCAUCCACUGUCCUCAUCACCAUCCCCCUCCUCUGUCAUCAUCACCAUCCCCAUCUACUGUCCUCAUCAUCAUCCCCAUCCUCUAUCCGCAUCCCCAUCCCCAUCCUCUGUCCUCAUCACCAUCCCAAUCCACUGUCCGCAUCCCCAUCCCCAUCCUCUGUCAUCAUCACCAUCCCCAUCCACUGCCCUCAUCAUCAUCCCCAUCCACUAUCCGCAUCCCCAUCCCCAUCCACUGUCCUUAUCACCAUCCCCAUCCUCUGUCUUCAUCACCAUCCCCAUCCACUGUCCUCAUCACCAUCCCCAUCCUCUGUCCUCAUCACCAUCCCCAUCCACUGUCCUCAUCACCAUCCCCUACCACUGUCCUCAUCAUCAUCCCCAUCCACUGUCCUCAUCACCAUCCCCAUCCUCUGUCCUCAUCACCAUCCCCAUCCACUGUCCUCAUCACCAUCCCCAUCCACUGUCCUCAUCACCAUCCCCCGCCACUGUCCUCAUCACCAUCUCCGUCCACUGUCCUCAUCACCAUCCCCAUCCUCUGUCCUCAUCACCAUCCCCAUCCACUGUCCUCAUCACCAUCCCCAUCCUCUGUCCUCAUCACCAUCCCCAUCAACUGUCCUCAUCACCAUCCUCAUCCUCUAUCCUCAUCACCAUCCCCAUCCACUGUCCUCAUCACCAUCCCCAUCCACUGUCCUCAUCACCAUCCCCAUCCUCUGUCCUCAUCACCAUCCCCAUCCACUAUCCGCAUCCCCAUCCCCAUCCUCUGUCAUCAUCACCAUCCCCAUCCUCUGUUCUCAUCAUCAUCCCCAUCCACUAUCCGCAUCCCCAUCCACUGUCCUCAUCACCAUCCCCCUCCUCUGUCCUCAUCACCAUCCCCAUUCUCUGUCCUCAUCAACAUCCCCAUCCUCUGUCCUCAUCACCAUCCCCAUCCACUGUCCUCAUCACCAUCCCCAUCCUCUGUCCUCAUCACCAUCCCCAUCCACUGUCCUCAUCCCCAUCCCCAUCCUCUGUCCUCAUCACCAUCCCCAUCCACUGUCCUCAUCAUCAUCCCCAUCCACUGCCCUCAUCACCAUCCCCGCCACUGUCCUCAUCACCAUCCCCAUCCUCUGUCCUCAUCACCAUCCCCAUCCACUAUCCGCAUCCCCAUCCCCAUCCUCUGUCAUCAUCACCAUCCCCAUCCUCUGUUCUCAUCAUCAUCCCCAUCCACUAUCCGCAUCCCCAUCCACUGUCCUCAUCACCAUCCCCAUCCUCUGUCCUCAUCACCAUCCCCAUCCGCUGCCCUCAUCACCAUCCCCCGCCACUGUCCUCAUUCCCAUCCCCAUCCUCUGUCAUCAUCCCCAUCCCCAUCCACUAUCCGCAUCCUCAUCACCAUCCACAGCGGAUUCACAGCGUUGGAUUUAAUGUCUGUAGAGCUACAAGGAUUUGGAUUUUCUAAAUGA